AUGAGUGACCUAGAGUCGCCGUCGGUUGUAUCGUGGCUAGGUGCUAGCUAUCUCAUCGCGACCGCUCUUGUCCAACCUCUGUGUGGUCAGUUUUCAGAUAUCUACACACGCAGGGCAUGUCUGCUAGUUGGAAGUGUAGCCUUCUUUUUGGGAAAUGUCACAUGCAGUAUUGCAGAGUCACUUGCGCUUCUGGUGUUUGGCCGAGCCCUAUCUGGAAUUGGAGGCGGUAUACUUACUAUCAUGGCCACUAUUGUUCUGACAGACGUUACUCGUCCUGAAGCAAGGGGUAUAUGGCAAGGCAUUAACAAUAUCGUAUUUGGAUUCGGCCAUGGAUCUGGAGGUCUUUUUGGGGGACUCGUGGCACAUCGCUGGUCAUGGCGAGUUGCAUUCGUGAGCCUUUCUGUUCCUGCGUUUCUUAUUAUGCUCGGGACGACACUCCUACCAGAACCAGCCAGGAGGCCUAAUCAGACCACUACCACUGCAUCCGUCGCAGAGGAGUCGACAGCCACUGGUAACGAGGAUGUCCCAUUGAUUCCUAAGCUCAACUCGCCCAGAAGAAAGGUUGACGCGGUGGGCGCUAUCCUAUUAUGCUUAGGAUUAGGGUCAUUAUUGGCAUCGAGCGAGCAGUUAGAGCUUUGCAGCUCGAACUUGGAUCUAAGGCUGGUUUCAUUUGGAUUUGUGAUUUCUUUCAUUAUGCUUGCCAUCUUCUCGUAUCACAGCGUCUUCAUGACACAAAAUGCCCUUUUACCCCUCCCGCUCCUGACUCAAUCACCAAGUGUUGGAUACAGCUGCCUCAUCACAUUCCUAUCACAGUUCGGUUUUACAAUUUCUGAGUUUUACUUGCCAUACUUUAUUUCGCUUCAAGAGCAUACCAAGAUGGAAAUUAUUGGCUGGUGUCUAGUUCCCCUGAGCGUGGGCGCAGCGGCAGGCUCUUUCUUUGCUGGGUCCCUUACAUCCAGAUUCAACACGUCACAUUUGUUGCUAGCCUCCUCGGCGGUUGCUUUUAUCGGAACUCUCGGGGUACCAUUGACUCCACACGGAACCUAUGCUCUGACAUACCAAUUAGUCUUCAUAUUCUUAUGGGGGUUUGGAUUUGGUGGCCUUGCUACUGCCAGUCUAGUGAGGAUGCUUGAUUCCACCGCCGUAAGCAUACAGGCUUCAGCAACGUCCCUGCUAUACACCUCACGAUCCCUCGGGGGAGCUCUUGGUCUACCAGUAGCAAGUUUCGUGUUUCACAUGGUCGGGCAACAGCAAUUUGAACGCCUUUUAGAAACGCUGGCGACAUCGGAAAACAGGCAAAGUCUUCUACCGCACAUUCGUGAAAUUGCACAAGCACUGCUGGCACAUCAACCAACCCAUAUUCGACUACCAAGUUCGUGGCAUGACAAAAUCCGCGACUGCGAGAUAUUUUCGGUCACUCUAUUGUUUAUACUUCCAGCAAUCUCAGGUUGGGCGUUAUUCAUGAUAUCCCUGUCGGUGAUUAGGCGACAGCGGUGCUCUUGA